GAUGAUAUCAGGGCUGUACACCUCGGAGAACAAUCAGACCGUGAACUUUGACAGACCGGUCAAGGCCGUUGCCAUAGACCCCAAAUUUGCUAAACAUGGCAGUGGGAAAAACUUUGUUACCGGGGACGACAAGCUGAUAUUGAAUGAGAGAGGAGGACUGUUCAACCGACACAAGACAGUACUUCUCCACCAGGGGGAGGGGCUGAUCAGAGAGAUAAAGUGGAAGGGGGAUUUCAUUGCGUGGACAAACGAUCAUGGAGUAAAAAUUUUUGAUAUGAGCUCCAGGAACAGAAUCACCUUCAUCAGUAAAGACCACAGCUAUCGGCCUGACCAAUACAAAUGCAAUAUGUGUUGGAAAGAUGGACGCACACUUCUCCUUGCAUGGGCAGAUAAAGUGAAAGUUUGUAUUGUAAAAGACAGGGAGGAUCGGGACAUUAGAGACUUACCACAAAGAUAUGUAGAAAUCAUUGCCAUGUUUACUAUUGACUCGUUUGCAUGUGGUAUUUCUCCGCUGAGUGACAGUUUGGUCAUUCUAACGUUUGAAAAAGAAACCCAGGAAGAGGACAACAGACAGGUUUCCAAGCGACCACACCUGUUAAUUGUGGAGCCACACAUGGAGUAUUUUGAGGAGAUUUCUAACGACGCUUUGUCAGUACGGGGAUUCCAGGAAUACAAGCCUAUCGACUAUCACCUAGGUAACACCAGAUAUCAGAUAUUAGAUGAAUAAUGACUUAAGUAAUAC